AUGGGUAGAAAUAAAAGUUUUCUUUUGUAUGCAAACUCAAGUAAACAAUUCGAUCGAUUAAUGGAUAAAAAUAUUUGGCCAACACAAAUAUGUUCUUUUGAUUUUUCCAUCGAUUUUCCAUCUAAAGUACCCUCUUCUUAUUCUAUUGUAGUAAUUGGUAUUCCUGUUCAAGGGAAUCAGACAGAAUUCGAGUCAGACACUAAAAAGUAUUAUCCAACAGUCAUUAAAGUCGAACGAAUAUACAUAAAAGGUGGUGUACCAAUUUCAAAAGCACGCAAAUCGAAACAAAACGUUUUUACUACUACUGCUUGUACAACUAAUGAACUUAAAUGUAUUACGCCAAUACAUCCACGUAAUUCAUUUGAAAAUGGCCAUGAGAAUAUCGAUUCAAAUGUGAUGUGUAAUAUAUCAAAAAAACUUGAUUUACUCAUGGUCAAAAUUAAGUAUCUUUCAAUAGAACAAACUAAAAUGAAUUCAACUAUACAUAAUGCAAAUGAACUUAUCAACGCAUGCCAUAGAGAAAUCAAUUUAAUGAAAGAAUUUAUCUUGAAUAAGAUAUGCCCAUUUGUUUGUGAAUUGAGUGAUGCAUUACUUGACUUAUUACGUGAAUGGUGUGAAACUCCUACACUUGAUCUUCUACUUGAAAAUUGGACAAAUCAUCGUGAUAAAACAUGCCAAGUGAUGAACUUAAAACAAAAUAUUUCUCUUCUUCUUUUGAAAGUUUCUAGUCUGAACUGGUACGUGAUCGAUGUAUUUAAUCUAAUUGAUGUAACUGCGUCACCCAUUAUUAUUUUAAAUAGCGCGUACCACGAUGUAGAUACAAUUAAAACAUUUUCAUCUCACUUCUUCAAUUACAACGUCUACUCUAUGAAAGGAUCAAAUCAAUUUGGUGGAGUGUUGAUCGCAGUUCAUAAAUCAAUUCGUUCUAAACUCUCAUCCACAAUCGAUAAUGUUCUUAAUUUAAUCGUACUUGAAGUUGCCUCCGACUCGGAUAUGUUUCAAUUAGCUACAUGCCAUUCUUCUCCUGGUGAACCAAUUCCUCUUGAUAUAUUCGACACAUCACUGCAGCAAAAUCCAAAUUCUAUCUCCACUGAUGAUCUUAAUGCCAAGCAUAAUUCGUGGUCAAGAUCAAUGGAGAGUCAAAAAGAACAAACCUUAUUCAAUUGGUUAUCUACUUCACAAACGACUACACCACUAGAAAUCAUCAAUAAAUUCAUAUCAACAUCAACUCGUUCAAAUGGAACAAUUGAUCUCAUUAUUGCACAUGCACACAUGUCAUCUGCUUCUUUCUCUGUUUUCCCAACCAUGGGGAAUGAUCAUCAUCCGGUUUUAUGGCAUCCAUCAUUUAAAAUCUCGUCUAAACCAUCAACGUCAUCCCAUCAAGCGUACUCGAUAAAUGAACAAGGUAUUAUUCCUGCAGGACAAAGUGGUUUUCGCCGCGGUUAUAAUAUGGCUGUUCGUUUAGUUGUGAUUAUAGAUCAAAUAGGACAAAGUUUAACAAAAAAAAAAUACAGCAAUCGCUGCGCUUUUCGUUGA